UCCGCACAUUCACAGCAGACUGACAAAAUUAUGUUUAGAGGCGAACAUAACUAUAAAUAUGUUUUAUCAUAUAAUAAAUCGGUUAUGUGUGCGGUAGCUGUAUUUCCACGGCUGCUGAAAUUAAGUUAGCAGAACUUUUCAUGUGAAAAUAUUGUGUCGAAUCUGCUGUUCUCGUUUACAGCAAGAGAGAGCAAGAUGGCGGCCCCUACAAAACAGUACGGGCUGAUCUUGCCACAGAAGAAAGGCGUGUCAAAGUCAACAAUCCUGCAGAAACCCUCAGUGUUCGGGGAUGAUUCUGAUGAUGAGACCUCAGUCGGGGAGAGUCUGCAGAGGGAAGCUGUCAAAAAAAAGAUGAUGAAGCAGACACGUUUGGAAAUGCAGAAGGCUUUGGAUCAGGACAGCACUGUAUAUGACUAUGACGCUGUGUACGAUGACAUUCAAAACCAGAGACUUGAGAACAGCAAAAAAAUGUUGCACGGCACCGACAAAAGGCCAAAAUACAUCCACCAGUUAAUGAAAGCAGUCGAGGACCGAAAGAAAGAACAAGAACGACGAGAAGAGAGAAAGAUCCAGAAGGAAAGGGAGGCGGAGGGAGAGCAAUUUGCUGAUAAAGAAGCUUAUGUUACCUCUGCCUACAGGCAGAAACUCCAGGAACAAAAGGAGGAGCAGGAGAGAGAGAAGAGAGAGGCAGAGUUGGAAGCUGCUUUGGAUGUGAAGAAACAAAAAGACCUGAGCGGCUUCUACCGGCACCUACUGAAUCAGACUGUAGGAGAGGAGGCGAUACCAGAUCGCUCAGCAAACAAAACUCACCCCUCCAAGGUUUCAAAAGACGCUGAAAGGACUUCACCCGUUCCCUCAUCUGCAUCCCAUGAUAAUAUCCAAAGUUCGUGCAGCGACAAUGAGGGGGGGCAAGAACUGAAGUCUGGGUUCAACAAGUCUGCAACGGCCUCAGCACAUUCAAAACGCCAAUACAGACAGCGAUCUCCCUCAUCAGGGAGUGGAGAGGAGAAGGAGAAAGAGAGGGAGAGAGACAGACAUAAAAAGAGCCACAGAGAUCAAGACAGAGACCGAGGAAGGGACAGAGACAGAGACAGGGACAGGGAUCGAGAUCGAGAUCGAGACCGAAACAGGGAAAGGGAAAGGGAAAGAGAUGACAGAUACGGAGGACGAAGAGAUGACAGAGACAGAAGGAAAGACAGAGGCAGGGAAGAUGACAGAAGCAGAGGAAGGGGGGAUACAGAGAGGGAAGAGAGGCAUGGGAAGAGGGACAGGAGUCCCAAAGAGAGAGAGAGAGAUAGGAAUGGGGAAAGAGAGAAGAGGAGGAAUCCAAAUGAAGACAAGCGGAAGGACAAAGAUCGGGAAGAAGAGAAGGAGAGGGCAGUGAAGAGGGAUGAGAAAGAUCCAGAAAAGGAGCACAGAAAGGAAAAAGAAGAUGAACAGGGACAGGAAGGCAAGGAGAAGGAGGAAAUGGAUGAGAAGCAAAACAAGUUUGCAAAGCGCAGUACAGAUCAGACUGUGAGCUCAGCUAGAGACAGGUACUUGGCCAGGCAGAUGGCGCGCUCGGCCUGUAAGACAUACAUAGAGAAGGAUGAGGACUAAAUAAACAUACCUGAAUUGCACAUAAACUUUCAUCUCAAUUUAGAAGUUAAGGAUAAUGUUUUACGUUUGUUUGUUUUGUUUUUUUUCGAUGAAUCCCAUGAGAAGAUUAAAACCUACGAGUUACUUCUGACUGACUUGCUUUUUUCUGAAAACGUAGAUGGUCUAAAACAACUGGCACUGAAGCUCUUACCAGUCCUUUGAACAAGAGUAAAUUGUCCAGUUUUGAGGACUGUUUUUAGCCACUAGUGAGUAUUUACAGCUCUAGAACAGUGUAUGUGAGACUGAUAAAAAAAAUAAAGUACAGCAAACAUGUUCACAGUAGUGACAGAACCUGUCAAGCAGUGACACGAUGAGGCUUACUGGUGUGAUUUUCGUAAUUUUCGAGUGGAGGACUCCUGCACAGAAGAAUAUAUCAGGCUUUGGUUACACAGACUAGACUUGUCUGUCGGAUCAGUGUCUUGUUGGUCUCAGUCUUGUCAUCGGAUUUGUUGACAAAAAAAAACAAAUAUUGCCAACCUCGUCCUGUAACUGCUGACUCCACCAUACAUUGCAGUAGACGGGUUCAAGCAGCAGAGUGUGCUCAUGGUCUUUAGUGACAAGAGAGAGACCUGGACUGUUUGGGACUUGAAUAGGUCAGUUUUUGAUUAAUUUUGAGUGUGCUGACUUGUAAAUAAGAAUUUCAAGCCUCUUGUAACACUUAAAGGAAUGAAGUGUAUAUAGGAAAUGCUAGACGGUGGAAGAUGGAUGAAUGAAAUGAGGUGUGAGCCACAGGUAUUGUAUUUGAUUGUUUUGUUGCGGUUUUGUGUCUUUCCGAUGCAGUCAGUGAUGAGUUAAUAAAAUCAUUCCUUGUCCAUAA